GAUGACAACAAUUAUGAAAUUGGUUGCACUUGGAAAGCAGAGAGCAGUUCAAGUCAUGAUGACUCUCCUGAUGAGAAUGUCGAGGAUAGACCAUGUUUGGCAAGCCUGAGAGAGUUCCGCAUGAAGAGAGCAAGACAACGUAGCAGAGAGCAGGAUAGCAUCAGUGAUGUUGAUUCUGACACCAUGCAAACUUACAAAUGUGGCAAGUGCAAAUUUGUGGCUCAAACAAGGAAAAAGCUGCAAACGCAUUCCAAGAUUCAUAAUGGAAAGGAACUCAUUUGUGAAAUAUGUCAAUAUGCGGCACCAAAUAGGGAUAUAUUUGUAAUACAUUACAGGAUUCAUACUGGUGAAAAGCCCUUUGAAUGUGAAAUCUGCGAUUACAAGUGUACUCAAAAACAACACUUGGAAAGGCAUUAUAGGAAGCAUACUGGAGAAAAGCCUUAUGCAUGUACUUUUUGCGACUCCAAGUUUUCUGAUUCUGGUGAUUUGACUAAACAUAUAAGAAUCCACACGGGCGAGAAACCUUAUAGUUGUAAAAUAUGCCUUUCUAAAUUUUCUCGAUCUUACUACCUGAGAUACCAUGAAAAAUCUCACACUGUCGACCGCAGUGAUAAACGUUUCAGGUGUGAUUCAUGUGAAUACAAGACUCACAGCUCUGAUAGUUUGAGAAAGCAUAAAUAUAUUCAUAGAGUUAAACGUUUCCACUGUACAGAGUGUAAUUACAAAACGUGUUCUUCUGGUGAUUUGUCUAAACAUAAAAAAAUUCAUACUGGUGAGAAGCCCUACUGUUGUGAUAUUUGUGGAUAUCGAAGCAUUCGUUUGAACCACUUGAAACAGCACAUCAGGACGCACACUGGCGAAAAACCUUACAGCUGCAUCAAAUGUGGUCAGAAAUUUACUUCAUCUACUUAUUUGAACUAUCAUAGGAAAACCAAACAUGAAGCUAACAACAAGGGUUCCAAUUCAGAAACAUACAAACAAAACGAUCAUAAAAAUCUUGACACCAUGCCAACUUACAAAUGUGGCAAUUGUAAAUUUGUGGGUACAAAAGAAGGCCUGGAAAAGCAUUCUAAGAUUCAUAAUGGGAAGGAACGCAUUUGUGAAAUUUGCCAAUAUGCAGCACCAGACCUCAAUAGGCAUAUGAUAAAGCAUACUGGAGAGAAGCCUUAUGAAUGCAACAUCUGCGAUUUCAAAUGUGGUUAUAAAUACGGUUUGGAAAGUCAUAAAAAGAGGAAACAUGCUGUAUAAAUAGCCGAACUGAAUUCAACUGCUUGAUCACCUGGUAAGAACAUUGUAAGAUCAGCUAAGUUCAUGCCAUUUCUAAUAAGCUCAUUUACUGCAUUCCAUGGAAGAGCAUUUUAAGGGCAUUCUGUUCAACAGUUCAAAUUCCAAACCUAGUUUUAGAAUACCAAUAUUUGAUCAUAUUUUUAACUAGAAUCAACACCAGAUAUAUGGUAAAGGAUUAACUUGAAUUGCAGCUGUCUACUAUAGAAGCUGUAUAUUAGAUAGUUAACUAUAAGAUAGCUCUAUCAAUUGCAACUCGGCACUUUUGCCUAAUGGCCGGGUGACACAUAUCCGCGCCGCGGUACUGAUGAGUGUCGGAAGUACUACGGCGAGUGAGAAAACAAAUGCUUUCAAACGUGUAGGGACACAUACUACCGCACCGCGUCAGCACCGUCGCCGUGUUUGUUGCCCGCGCCGUCACCGACUAGUUCAGUUUACUUUUUGACGGUGACAGUGCGGCCUCGUUCAACAUAGAGAGUGAAAAACUCAUUGAAGAGAUACGGAAUUUUACAGUUUUGUACGAUCAAAGUGAUGAGAAAUAUGAUUGAAUGGAAAAAUAAGUUUCACUCCACUUCUGGUGAUUUAUCAAUACAUAGAAGAAUCCACACUGGCGAAAAACCUUACAGCUGUAUCGAAUGUGGUCAGAAAUUUACUACAUGAAAAUGAAAUGAAAUAAUUCUUUAUUAGGCGGAGUUAGGACAUCUAGUUGUUUGAACCAUCAUAGGAAAACAAAACGUUGUCAUGAUAAAAUAAAUGGUAAUUUGUGAAAAAUAUUGUAAAUAUGUAGACUACAUGUUUCAGGAACUACCAUACAGACUUUAACUUUGUUAAGAAUAGUGUAAGAUCACAUUGAAUGUGUAUAAUAUAUGCAAAUGCACGUGUGGCUGCAUGUAAAAAGACCCAAUUUUACUUCUGUCAUUAGUUUUGCAUAAUAUGUCUUUUAAUAAAUGAUUAUUUUCUUAUCUUA